AUCAAAACUUAAGUGUAACUCAUAAUGCAUUUCUCUACCCUGUUUACUUUCACGAGUCUAUUGGCUUUGUCUGUGGCCGUGCCCACGCAGCCAUUGACUGGUAGAACUGAAGCUGUGGAUUCCAACAUCCUGAUCAAACGUCAGUACAGCGCUGGCAACAGUCGCCCCCAAGCCGCGGAUGUGGACAACAUUCCGACCAAGCGCCAGUACAGCGCUGGCAACAGUCGUCCCCAAGCCGCGGAUGUGGACAACAUUCCGACCAAGCGCCAGUACAGCGCUGGCAACAGUCGUCCCCAAGCAGCAGACGCGGACAACAUCCCAACUAGUUAGGUCAUUGAUAUUAUGCGGCAUCUUCGAAUCUACCUAGCUUUUGUAGCAUUGCAACAAAACUUUCCAGGCAAUUCUGCGUUGUUGAGUGCUCUUUGCCCAGUAUCCUUACCGCUAGCCCUAGCGUUUCUAGGUACAUUUGUUCCGCCUCGUCGUAUUUACACAUAUUUCCUAGCACGCCUGCUAAAUCGAUCAUAACAACC